CUUAAAGUGGUGGGUUUUCUUUAUUAUUGUUAUCUUUAAACUUUGAAAAAUAUUCCAAUUGGGUAUUUUUAUUUUGGGGCGUUUACCCUGAUGGCACCAUUGAGAGGGUUGAAGAAGAGGAGAAAGGUGGAGAAGAAAGGUGAAGAUGAGGAGGAGGUUAUAGCUGCAAGGGAUGGCUCUACUGAUUGGUGGGCUUUAUUGUCCAAAAGGGUUUCUGGUAGCGUUUCGCCCUCAAAGGGCAUGGACAACUUCCAAUCUAUGUUCAAGAUGUCAAGAACCACAUUUGAGUACAUAUGCACACUGGUGAAGGACCAGAUGAUGCCAAAGUCUGCAACUCAUCAUCUCCUCUUCACAAAUGGGAAGCCAAUGUCCUUACACGAACAAGUCGCUCUGGCCGUGCGAAGGCUGUGCUCGGGCAAUUCCUUGAUAGUGGUCGGGGAAUCGUUCGGCGCGCACCACUCCACCGUGUCUCAGGUGACGUGGCGCUUCGUGGAGGCCGUAGAGGAAGCCGGGGCCCACCAUCUCCGGUGGCCUUCCUCGAACCCGGAGAUGGACCGGGUGAAAUCGAAGUUCGAGCAAAUCCGAGGACUUCCGAACUGUUGCGGCGCGAUCGACACCACACACGUCACGAUGUUGGUGUCGUCGACCGAGCGGACUGCUGACGUCUGGGUCGACGAGAUGGGGAACCACAGUAUGGUCCUCCAGGCGAUCGUGGACCCCGAAAUGAGAUUCCGCGAUAUCGUGACCGGUUUGCCGGGGAAGAUGGACAACGCGUCGGUGCUACAAACGUCGGUGUUCUUCAAACUCUGCAAGAAGGGCAAGAGGUUGAACGGGAAGAAGGUGAAGCUUUUCGGAGAAGCGGAAGUGGGGGAAUAUAUAGUCGGGGAUUCGGGCUUCCCCCUUUGCCCGUGGGUAAUGACUCCGUACCACGGGCAAGAGCUUUCGGGACCCAAAGCCGAGUUCAACAAGAAACUUUACGCAACUCGGGUUGUUGCCCGGAGAGCGCUCGCGAGGCUGAAAGGUGUGUGGAAAAUGAUUCAAGGGAACAUGUGGAGACCAGACAAACACAAGUUGCCAAGGUUUAUACUUGUUUGCUGCAUUCUCCAUAACAUCAUCAUUGACAUGGAAGAUGAGGUUUUGGAUGAUGAGAUGCCUCUUCCCCGCCAUCACGACCGCGGGUAUCCGAAACAGGUUUCGGAACCCGUCGACGAAGCCAGUUCCGUCAUGAGGGAUCAUAUGUCCGCAUAUUUGUAUGGAAAGAAGUUGCAUUCUUGAAUUGGCAAGAAGAAGAAUCAUGAGCAGCAUUUGCCAAGAUGUCCU